UAGUUGAAAGCGGAAGUAGGGCCUUUUCCGCAGCUCAUGGAAUCCCUACUGCAGCACCUGGAUCGCUUUUCCGAGCUUCUGGCGGUCUCCCGCACUACCCACGUCAGCACCUGGGACCCAGCCACUGUGCGCCGGGCCCUGCAGUGGGCACGCUACCUGCGCCACAUCCACCGGCGCUUCGGUGGGCAUGGCCGCAUUCGCACGGCUCUGGAGCGGCGGCUGCACAGCCAGUGGCGGCAAGAGGGCGGCUUUGGGCGGGGUGCAGUUCCGGGACUGGCGAACUUCCAGGCCCUCGGCCGCUGCGAUGUUCUGCUCUCUCUGCGCCUGCUGGAGAACCGAGCCCUCGGGGAUGCCGCUCGGCGCCAGCUGCUGCAACAGCUCUUUCCGGGCCCGGGCGUCCCGGACGCCGAGGAGGAGACUCUCCAAGAGAGCCUGGCCGGCCUCGCCCGCCGCCGGUCCGCGGUGCACUUGUUGCGUUUGAACGGCUGUAGAGAGAACCCGAAUCUCCAUGAGGACUCUCUGAUGAAGACCCAGGCGGAGCUGCUGCUGGAGCGUCUGCAGGAGGUGGGGAAGGCCGAAGCGGAGGGUCCCACCAGGUUUCUCAGCAGCCUGCGGGAGCGCUUGCCUGAGAACAACUUCCUGAAGGUGAUAGCGGUGGCGCUGUUGCAGCCGCCUUUGUCUCCCCGGCCCCAGGAAGAAUUGGAACCCGGCAUCCACAGAACUCAGGGAGAGGGGAGUCAAGCGCUAGUCCACUGGCUGCUGGGGAAUUCGGAAGUCUUUGCUGCCUUUUGUCGCGCCCUCCCAGCCGGACUUUUGACUUUAGUGACUAGCCGUCACCCAGCACUGUCUCCUGUCUACCUGAGUCUGCUAACAGACUGGGGUCAGCGUUUGCACUAUGACCUUCAGAAAGGCAUUUGGGUUGGAACUGGGUCCCAAGAUGUGCCCUGGGAAGAGUUGCACGAUAGAUUUCAAAGCCUCUGUCAGGCUCCUCCACCUCUGAAAGACGAAGUUCUAACUUCCCUGGAGACCUGUAAAGCGCAGGAUGGAGAUUUCGAAGUACCUGGUCUUAGCAUCUGGACAGACCUCUUAUUAGCUCUUCGGAGUGGUGCAUUUAGGAAAAGACAAAUUUUGGGUUUCAGCCCAGAUCUCAGUUCUGUAUAGGCAAUGCUCCGUUAUUGCUUGAAUAUAUAGUUUACAAAAUGAAAAUUACAAUGUUCUCACCAAAUAUAUGCCUUCGUGUGUCCAAACUAUAAUUAUUUUAGAUGAUAAUUUUGAAUAGUUUAUUAAACAAUUAUAAAUGCAAACUAACUGGCAUGUAGUGUCAUAGAUUUUCUGGAUAGAAGUGAUUGGAAGUAUUCCACUUAAAGCCAUAGAAUUAGCAAUAGUUUGCUUUUUAAUAGAAGGCCCGUUUCUAAGAAUGUUGAAAUUAUGUGUACCAUUCAAAGGAAAAGAAGCUUUAAGGUGACAAAAACCUUUUUCUUUCAGUAUGGUUUAUUUUUCUAGGUUUUCUUUCCCUCCCUCAGUACUGAAGAAGAGUUUUCGUUAGCCAUCCAAUAAUGUGGUAGUGUCAGGAAUGUUGGUUUGAAAAGCUAUUGGCCAAUCUGGAUUUCGCCUUGUUAACCUAGUAUUCUAACCAGUUAACCAGCCUCAAUAUGCAUUAAAAUUGUAUUAUUCAGAAAGUUUGUUUCCCGUUUCAGAGCAAAUUCUUACUCUGAAAAUGAAUCACCACAUAGUAUGUCCAUUUAAAGCACUGACUCACAGACAAAUGUUUAAACCAUAGUAAAUACAAAUAUAUGCCUCUGGAUAUUAAUGCUUGA